UUUGAAAGGGUGAUUCCCAUCAUAGGUUCUUCGUAAACAUUUUGUCUCAAAUAUUCUCCUUACAGAUAAAAAGUUCACAAUUUGACGGAAAUUGCGGAAAUUGGCAUCUCUGCUUUUGACGUGUCAUUUUAACAUUUAUUCAUGUCGGUGAAUUUUUAGGUUAGCCACAUUUUAGAUUAGAUUAUCCCUAUAACGUUAGCAAAGUAUCAUCUAACGAUAUGGCAGAUAGUUCCAGUGAAAAAAUAUCUAAGAAUGAAUUAAAACGGCGCCUCAAAGCCGAACAGAAAUUAAAAGAGAAGGCUGAAAAAGCGGAGAAAGUACCGCCUGUUGCCGCAACAGAAAAAAAAGCGUCGAAACAGGAGGAGGAAAUUAGUCCAAAUGAAUAUUACAAGCUGCGUACAGCUGCAGUGGCGGCGCUUAAGGAGGGAUCUAAAGAUGACCAUCCAUAUCCUCACAAGUUCAAUGUUACAACCUCUUUAGAAGAAUUCAUUGAAAAGUACAACAACUUAAAUAGUGGCGAAGUAUUAGAAAAUGUGACCCUGUCUGUUGCUGGCAGAGUGCAUUCUAUUCGAGAGUCUGGGGCCAAGCUCAUAUUCUAUGACUUAAGAGCUGAAGGAGUUAAAAUCCAGGUCAUGGCCAAUGCCAAAAUGUAUGAAUCUGAAGAUAAGUUUAUAGUGGACACUGAUAAAUUAAGAAGAGGUGACAUUAUAGGUUGUGUUGGUCAUCCUGGAAAGACAAAGAAGGGGGAACUUUCUGUUGUACCUAAAACUAUUAAAUUACUUUCACCGUGUCUACACAUGCUGCCACACUUACAUUUCGGACUUAAAGAUAAAGAAACUAGGUUUAGAAAGAGGUAUCUUGACCUCAUUUUGAAUGACAAGGUAAGACAAACUUUCUACACAAGAGCAAAGAUAAUUGCUUAUGUAAGGCGCUUCUUAGACAACAUGGGAUUCUUAGAAAUUGAAACUCCAAUGAUGAACAUGAUCCCUGGAGGUGCAACAGCCAAACCUUUCAUCACACAUCACAAUGACCUCAACAUGGACCUGUACAUGAGGAUAGCCCCUGAGUUAUACCACAAAAUGUUGGUUGUUGGGGGUUUAGACAGAGUUUAUGAAAUUGGGAGGCAGUUCCGAAAUGAAGGAAUUGAUUUGACGCACAACCCAGAAUUCACAACAUGUGAAUUUUAUAUGGCAUAUGCUGAUUAUAAUGAUCUUAUUACCAUUACUGAAACAAUGUUAUCAGGAAUGGUGAAGAGUAUCCACGGGACAUACAAGGUUAAAUACCACCCAGACGGCCCUGACGGCGAAGAAGUGGAAGUUGACUUUACGCCUCCAUUUGCGCGAGUGCCUAUGAUCGCUACUUUAGAAAAAGUAUUGAACACCAAGCUCCCACCCUCUGACAAACUUGAUUCGCCCGAAGCUAAUGCUCUACUUAGUCAGCUUUGUGAGAAACACGAGGUUGAAUGUCCACCACCUAGAACAACAGCUCGACUUCUAGACAAGCUAGUAGGCGAGUUCCUUGAAGAUAAAUGUAUCAAUCCAACAUUUAUUUUAGAUCACCCUCAGAUAAUGAGUCCUUUAUCUAAAUACCAUCGAGACAUACCAGGAUUGACGGAAAGGUUUGAGCUAUUUGUUAUGAAGAAAGAGAUCUGCAAUGCAUAUACCGAGUUGAACGACCCAGCCACGCAGCGAGAACGGUUUGAACAACAGGCAAAGGAUCGUGCAGCGGGUGACGACGAGACUCCGCCGACUGACGAGGCGUUCUGCACGGCUCUCGAAUACGGAUUACCUCCAACGGCAGGAUGGGGUUUAGGUGUUGAUAGACUUACAAUGUUCUUAACUGAUUCCAAUAACAUUAAGGAAGUAUUGCUCUUCCCAGCGAUGAAACCAGAUGAUCCCAACAAGCACAACACUGAAGAAAACGCAGCAGACGGAGCCACGACACAAAACGGCGUAUAGACAAUCACAGAAUUUUAUGAAAUACCAGUGUGUGGACUUUUUGUUUUUAAUGUAUAACUGCUAAAAAUAAAUUAUUUUGAUUAAAUUCAAAGUUAUGUUUGA